CUUCCGUGUGCAUGCAUCGUGGAGAAAUGAGCAGUGGAGACUCCAACACCAGAGCACCUCAAGUUCCAGCAAAUUCCCAGCUUGUGGCCCUGAGCCAGGGAGGCACCAGCCCCAGAGCAUCUGCACCUUAUGGUGACCAAAAUCCAUCUGUGGUCCCACCACUCCCUGUUGGGGAGAAGCAGCAUCAAGCACCAGGGAUACUGGGAUGUCAACAGUGUCCUUUGCUAGAGAAAGAAGCAUACAGGCUGAGAAAACAACUAGCGGCCAUGCAGGCCCUCAACAAAAGGUUCCAGAAUCUUUGAAGUGAAUGUUCUGCUAUCCACAGUCCAUGGGAAACUGGACCUGGCCUGACUCUAUUCUGCCUGAAAGUUUGGACCCAGAAUCCCUUAAGGAGAGGACAGAUUACUACUACCCAUGGAUCCCAGAGCUGUGGCCCUGCUUAUUCCUUUUCCUUAUUCUACAGCCAGAGCCACCUUUAUGCCCCAGUUUUUGCCCUGUGUGCCCCCUGGUAACAGAUGUUGCACAUAAAAGUAGCUUCCCUA